AUGACAACCGGCCGCACCAGGGAGAGACGCUCACUGCCUGCUGUGCGGGAUGGGGUUAAACAUGCCGGUGAGUGUGCCUCUCCAUCUCCGCCUGGAGCAGGAUUGCCUGCUGGCCCGGACUCGCUCCGUGCUGCUUGUCCUGAGCUGCCGGCAGAGCUUCCCGUAAUCCACACGGAAUGGGCCCCUGCGCCUCACCCCCACCCCCUCACUCCCCGGCAUUCCCAAGGUCCGGGCCAGUCCGGAGAGUCCCGCACAGCCCUGCAGUUCGCUUCCUGGAUACAGAGGAUCGCUGCCUGCUCCCCCGCCCCCCCCCCCCCAGCCCCUUUCCCCGGGGACGGGUGUGUGGUCUGGUCUGCUACAAGACACCUGGGGGGCUCCGGGACCGAGAGCCUGUCACCCCCCACUCUGGGGCUGACCAUGGAAGUGAUCCGCAGCAGCCACGCCCCACGCCUGUCCACCCGUGCCCGGACCCGGAACUUGACCUCCGUUGCUGCCAAGGCCUACCUGUUGGCGCAGGAAUUAUGCCACCGAAGCCGGCACCUGGUGGAUCUCUACGUGAGUUCACCCCCCCACCCCCGGUCACUGUGCAGCUUAUCACUGGGGACUGACCACAACGUUCUCACUCCUGGAGAGAGCUCGGACUGA